GAUGAUGAGAUACGUGGUGGGGGUGAUGGUGGUGAUGAUGAGAUACGUGGGGGUGAUGGUGGUGAUGAUGAGAUACGUGGUGGGGGUGAUGGUGGUGAUGAUGAGAGACGUGAGGGUGGUGAUGAGAGGCGGGUGAUGGUGGAGAACGAUGAAGAUGCAGCAACAACAACAACAACCACCACCACCACAACCAUCGCCACCACGAGAAGACGCCGGCGGCUGUGGGAGCAGCAGCAGCAGUGGAGACGAGAGGAGCAGCAGGAGGAGGGGAGACGAGGGGAUGACGGCGGCAAGGAGGACGACGAUGAUGAUGGUGGACACGGAGAGAGCCCCAAGAAGAGAGGCCGUGGGGAGACGCCGCGCCGAGUCGGCGAGGAGGAGGAGGCGGCGGCCAUGGGGAGACACGCGGUGAGGAAGCGGCUCCAGCUCGGGGAGAAAGAGGGCGACGGCGAUGGGGACGGUGAUGCCGGUGCCGUGGACGGUGAUGCCGGUACCGGCGGCGGUGAUGCCGAUGACGCCGGUUACCCGCCGGCACGCACAGCCGGGCUUGGCAAGUCCGUGAAGGAGCAGCUGAACCGCAGGCUGUCUCUGUCUCCCACCUGUGGGGGGCCAAAGGCUUCCCCCAGGGGGGCCCCCCCCACCCCGCAGAAGGGGGGUGGUUUGCAGGUGGCGCAUAAGGCGAACGCGGCGGAGGUGAAACAGUCCCUCGGGACCUGCAGCUCCCUGGCCGAGUUGCAGGAGAAGAUUCGCAGAAUCCAGCAGCAGCAGAAGAAGAAGCAACAGGAGGAGGAGACGCAGCAGCUGUCGGAAGCGGGACGCAAAGCCGAGGGCAACGCCGGGACACUGGGCUCCCAGCGUGGCAGGUGCCUGGACCCUGCGGAGCUGAAGGCGGCGGUGGAGCGAGCGCGCUCGGCCCGGACCCUCGCCUCGCGACUUCUCGACCGCCGCUCGCUCGCCCCUCGUGCUGCCCCCGCCACUCCACCACCUUGCGUCCACCCCCUCCCAACGACGUCGCCGCCGACCCCGCGUGACCCCGCCCUCCACCUCGCCCGUACCACCCCCGAGAGCGGGGAGAACGUGCCGGCGUUUGAACGCUUCCACACGCUCGCCCAGGACGCACCCCCUGGCCUCACGCUGCCACUCAAGAUGACGCUGCUGGCGGAGAUGUUUCGCAGUAUGGACACGGUGGUGGGGAUGCUCUUCAACCGCACGGAGACAGUCACCUUUGCCAAGGUGCAGAGCGCCGUGCACGAGAUGCUGCGCAGGCGCUUUGAGGAGCGCAGUGUUGGGCAGAUCCACGCCGUGUUCCCGGAGGCGUAUCGCUUCCGCCAGGAGAGAGCCGUCGCCGCCUGGAGCCGAUCGGCCCGCCCCGGGGACUACCAGCUCACCAUCGAGCCCCUGCUACCCACGGGUGACACGACGCAGGGGUCGCGACCCCACCUGACAGCGGCUCGACUCCUGGAACGACGUCGCUCGUUCCACCGCCGCUUGCUCGCCAUCGUCAAGAAACAUCACAAGGCCUUCCUGGAGUCGCUGUCACCCCCCAUGGCGGUGCCCGAUGAGCGACUGGCUCGCUGGCACCCGCGCUUCGACGUGGACGCGGUGCCCGACGUGACCCCGGCGCCGCUGCCCCGGCCACCCGAAUCCGAGCGCUGCACCACGGCAGGGGACGCGCUGCGGAUGGGGAGGGGAGGAGGAGGGGGAGGCCUCACGCCCAAGAUGGAGAAAGCGCUGGCGAACGUGGCUCUCAAGUCCUCGGGUGCCACGCCGGGAGAUAGAACGACCGGAGAGACGGAGACACGGGCGGAGGCAACACCGGGACCCGCAGCGACGCUCAGUCCUGCACUCAAGGGGAUCUCGCAGUCACUGAUCGACAGGGUGCGUGCCCGCGAGGCCGCUCGUGCCGCGGCCUCCAUGCAGCGCGACCCCAUGGCGGAGGAGCGAGCGUGCCGCCUGCGGCGCCUGCCGGCGGUGGCGAGGACGCUGCGCGGAGUCUUCCUGGCGGAGCGGCGCCCGGCGCUGCCCAUGGAGCUCGCCUGCUCACGUCUCGUCCAGAGCUGCGGCCUCGGAACCACCGCUGGGGAGAUGGAGCAGCUGGUGCGGCUGCUGGCUGACGUGGCGCCGCGCUGGCUGGGACUGGUGACGACGUCGCGCGGCGACCUCUACGUCAAGCUGCUAGACAAGUCUGCCGACCUCGCCCAGAUCACCACACAGCUGCAGGAGCGAGCACGCCAAGAGCAGCAGCCCUCCCUCUAGCGGGGGGGGCGGUGGCGUGGACACAGAGUCACUCGAAGAAGAAUAAGGAAGUCUCGGAAGUAGAUCUGUGACAUCCGCUUCUGCAGCUCCCGUUGUGUGUGGACACAGAGUCACUCGAAGAAGAAUAAGAAUGGAGUCUCGGACGUAGCUCUGUCAUAUCCGCUUCUGCAGCUCCCGUUGUGUGUGGACACAGAGUCACUCGAAGAAGCAUAAGAAGACGGGCGUCUCGGACGUAGUUCUGUCAUAUCCGCUUCUGCAGCUCCCGUUGUGCGUGGACCCAGAGUCACUCGAAGAAGAAUAAGAAGGGAAUCUCGGACGUAGCUCUGUCAUAUCCGCUUCUGCAGCUCCCGUUGUGUGUGGACACAGAGUCACUCGAAGAAGAAUAAGGAAGUCUCGGAAGUAGAUCUGUGACAUCCGCUUCUGCAGCUCCCGUUGUGUGUGGACAUAGAGUCACUCGAAGAAGAAUAAGAUGAAGGGCGUCUCGGACGUAGCUCUAUCAUAUCCGCUUCUGCAGCUCCCGUUGUGUGUGGACACAGAGUCACUCGAAGAGGAAUAAGAAGAAGGGCGUCUCGGACGUAGCUCUGUCAUAUCCGCUUCUGCAGCUUCCGUUGUGUGUGGACACAGAGUCACUCGAAGAAGAAUAAGAAGAAGGGCGUCUCGGACGUAGCUCUGUCAUAUCCGCUUCUGCAGCGGGUUUACAGGCGAACGUCCGAACCGGUCCCGAGCCCUCACCAGAGGUCGCAACCGGGUACCCGAUACCCGUACCCUACCCGAUACCCGGCUACCCGUACCAGUUUGUGACCCUGGUGCGGCCAGGUUCUGGUACGGGUAGGCCGUGAGUCACUGGUGAGUAACCGUUUGUCACUCAUUUCGGGUAGGGUACGGGUAGCGUACGGGUACCUGUACCCGGUCGGGUACGGGUACGGCCGGGUACGGGUAGCCGUUUGCGACCCUGGUGCGGCCGGGUAUGGGUUACGGGUAAGGAAUCAAAACCCGUUUGCGACCUCUGGCCCUCACUUCCCCGCCGAUGUCGACCCAGCCGCCACGGCGCCGAGGGGAUGUUGACGACCUCGCCCGGUACGCAGGAGGUCUGAGUUCGAUCCCGAACCUGACGCCUGCUGCUGCUGCUGUGUAUGUUGAGUCUGCGUCUCUCUUUCUCUCCCCGUGGUCGUGUGAAUUUUUCUCCCGGUUCCUCCGGUUUUUCCCUCCACAUUUACAAUCGACAACAUCACUCGCUCAUAGUGAUUCGGCUGCUGUUAAUGUCCACUCCAUGAUGAGAAUCCUUGUGCAGUGUCUUCUUGGUUCUUUCGGUAAAGUCACGUAG